AUGGGCGCCGCGGCGAGGAAGCCCGCCGCCGCUCUGCUGCCAAUCUGGCUCAUCUGCCUCGUCUGCGCGUCGAGAGCAGGAGCGCAGCCGUACAUCGGCGUGAACUACGGCGAGGUGGCGGACAACCUGCCGUCGCCGGACGAGACGGCGAAGCUGCUCAAGUCGACGUCCAUCUCCAAGGUGCGUCUCUACGGCGUGGACGCGGGGCUGAUCCGGGCGCUGGCGGGGUCCGGCAUCUCGGUCGUCGUCGGCGUGGCGAACGGCGACAUCCCCUCGCUGGCCGCCGACCCGGCGGCGGCGUCGCGGUGGCUGGCGGCGAACGUGCUGCCCUUCGUCCCGGCGACCACCAUCUCGACCGUGGCCGUCGGCAACGAGGUGCUGGAGUCCGGGGACGCGUCCUGGCCGCGGCGCUGCUGCCGGCCAUGCAGAACCUCCGCGCCGCGGCCGCCGCGCGGCGGGGACGGCGCGGCGGGGAUCAGGUUCUCGACCGUCAACACCAUGGGCGUGAUGGCGCAGUCGGACCCGCCGUCCACGGGCGCGUUCCACCCGGACGUGGCGCCGCAGCUGCAGCAGAUCCUGGCGUUCCUCAGCCGGACCGGCGCGCCCUUCAUGAUCAACCCGUACCCGUGGUUCGCGUACCAGUCGGACCCGCGGCCGGAGACGCUGUCGUUCUGCCUGUUCCAGCCCAACGCCGGGCGCGUCGACGGCGGGUCCAGGAUCAGGUACACCAACAUGUUCGACGCGCAGCUGGACGCCGUGAAGUCGGCGCUGGUGCGCGCCGGGUACGGGAGCGUGGACAUCGUGGUGGCCGAGACCGGGUGGCCGACAAAAGGCGACGCCGGGGAGCCUGGAGCCACGGCGGAGAACGCCAGGGCGUACGUGUCCAACCUGGUGGCGCACCUGCGGUCCGGCGCCGGCACGCCGCUGAUGCCGGGCAAGUCGGUGGAGACGUACCUGUUCGCGCUCUACGACGAGGACCUCAAGCCUGGGCCCACGUCGGAGCGCUCGUUCGGGCUGUACCACACGGACCUGACCAUGGCGUACGACGCCGGACUGACCUCCUCCACGCCGGCAGCAGGGGGAGGAGGGGCGGCGCAGGCCAAGCAGGCCGGCGGGUGGUGCGUGGCGCGGGACGGCGCCUCGGACGCGGAGCUGCAGGUGGACCUGGACUACGCGUGCUCGCAGCUGGGCGUCGACUGCGGCGCCAUCCAGCCCGGCGGCGCGUGCUUCGAGCCCAACACGGUGCGCGCGCACGCCGCGUACGCCAUGAACCAGCUGUACCAGGCGGCCGGGCGGCACCCGUGGAACUGCGACUUCCGGGCGUCCGCCGCGCUCACCUCCGAAAACCCAAGUCGUAGCGACGAUGGAACUGUUGAGGCCACUAAUGCAUGGUGGAAAGCAAAUACCAACGGGCAAUCUGAUUUGAUGAAGUUCAGGAAAGGUUUGCCUGAGUACUUAGAUCAAAUGGACAAAAUGUUUACUGGAAACACAAUAGAUGGCUCCACCUCCUUUGUUGCUGGUGAAUGUGGUACUAUUGACUUGGAUGGUGGAAGCUCUGAUGAAGAGGCAGCAGAUGAGGGGCUGUACAACAUCAUCCACAAUGAAAGUGAUAUGGACUUCUUCCUUGCCAACGGCCCUGAAGAAAGGAUGAUCAUCAUCGAGCAAGCUGCGCCGGUUGAUGUUGUAUCAGCAGCAGCAACCCAUUGUGUAGACCCUUGGGAUGAUUUACAAGAGAUGAUGAUGGCUGAGUUAGAGGAUGCUGAAGAUGAUGAUGCUUUUAUCUAUGGUAUGUAUCAGUAUGCCCUACACAUUGACAAGCAUUUGAAUAGGGCUGAGUAUAGGCAACCUGCCAUGACUGGUUUGGAAUGGGUACAGAGGAAGCUUGGGGAUAGCAAGGCCUGUUAUAGCAUGUUUAGAAUGAGCCCACCUAUGUUCCAUAGACUGCAUGAUCUUUUAGUACAAUCAUAUGGCCUGAAAUCUAGUGCUAAGUCCACCUCGGUUGAGGCUCUAGGGAUGUUUCUUUGGAUGAUUGGGGCACCACAAUCUUUUAGGCAAGCUGAGGACAGAUUUGAGAGGUCACUAGGGACUGUCUCCAACAUGUUAAACAAAGUUUUGAAGUGUAUGGUGAAGCUUGCUGCUGACAUCAUUAAGCCUGUCGACCCACAAUUUAGAACAAUGCAUCCUAGACUGAGAAACCCUAGAUGUACGGUUGCGGCAAUAUAG